AUAUUCUUGUGCAUAUUUAAACGAUUAUUUUUAAAGUAGAUAUUUAUAAAUAAUUUGCAAUAUCGUAUCGUCAACAAUUCAGUAACCAUAGAGACACGCAGAAAUCAGUGUCGUAAUCAAGAUGGCGGAAAUGGAGUAAUCUACUUGACAGAUGUAAUGUUAUUUUGAAAGAAAAAAAAGCCAAAAAAAAGCUGGCACAUGUGUGGAGCCAUACUUAUGAACAGUUGGUUCAAAGCCCAAGGUUUAAAUGAGUUACCGUGCUACCCUACUAUCGCCGUUGCCAACAACAUAUGGGUUGGGGACGAUGCCAGGCAGUAAGGAUCUAUACUCGUCAACAUACUCAAGGAGAAGUGGUUCCGCUUCAAGGAAAUAUGGCACUUCUAAUGGUGUUUAUAGCACAGGGUUGUCAAAUUCUAGCCGUCCAAACUCAAGACCUCUGCCUGCUGGGCCAGGCCCACUUGAUUACACAGGAAGGAAACUAAAUACAUACACAUCAAGUGAUAUUAGGAAAAACAGUACAAGCAGUGUGCGUUCUGGACCUUUGCGUGCGGACCAUUCAUAUCAUGCAAGUACUAAAUUUGAAUAUACUCCAACAUUAGGUACUCUUCCAAGGAAGUACUCGACAAAUACUGCAGCAUUGAAUAACACAACGAAAGAUAUAGGAAAUAGAAGUAUACGCUCAAGAAGUGUUUCGACUACAGACAAACUGUCUGAUAAUUUAUCAAAUAUUCGAUUAAAUGGUGUUGAUAGUGUUAAAGCUUCACCAAGACCAAAUGAUUCAGACGACAGUUUAUACGGUGGGCGGGAGUCUCGGAAAGAUCGUCAUGACCAAAAUCUGAAUGACGUCAACUCAAGGGUUGGUUCUCGUGUUAGCCGUAUAUCUAAUGGAUCUGUUUCUAAUGAAGAUAUAUUAUUCUCGUCAAGGGGUAGAGAUAGUACUGGACGUACAACAACUUUACCAAGAGAUAAUGACAACAGAAGAAAGGAUACUUUAAAUGAUAUUGGCGGCACUAAAUCCCUGUCACGGCAAAGUUCAAGCAGCUCUAUAUCAACUGGAACUUCAAAGUACAACUUUGGUGGUAAAGUUGGUUUGAGAAAUAUUGGCAAUACUUGUUUCAUGAACUCAGUGCUACAAUGCCUCAGCAAUACAAAACCUUUACUUGAGUACACCAUCAAAGAAGAUUAUAUUUUAGACAAGAAUAAUACUACAAGUAAAUUAAAAGGGGCCUUGAUUAUUGCGUAUGCAAAUUUGAUCACAUCAUUCUGGAAGGACAAGAGUAGUUCAUACGUGUCACCUAACUCAUUCAAGUCACAAAUACAAAAAUUUGCUCCGAGAUUCUCUGGUUACCAACAACAAGAUGCCCAGGAAUUUUUACGUUAUUUACUAGAGGGUCUACAUGAGGAUGUGAAUAAAGUUACGGCGAAGCCGAAGCCUCUACAAAUUAACGAUGAUCAUUUUACCAGUGAUUCAGAGAAGGCCUCAGAGUACUGGAAUAAUUAUUUACGAUAUGACCACAGUAAAAUAGUGGAAAUAUUUGUUGGACAGCUGAAGAGUGAAUUGAAGUUUAAUAGCUGUGGGCACAGGUCUGUGACCUUUGACCCCUUCUGGGAUCUUUCCUUGCCAGUACCAAAGAUGAGAUCAGAAUGUGAGCUCAUAGAUUGCCUCAGUUUAUUUAUGAAGGAGGAAAUUCUAGAAGGGGAUGAAAGCCCUACUUGUGCCAAAUGUAAAAAGAGAACAUCAUGUACAAAGAGAUUUUCGAUUCAGAAAUUCCCUCCAAUAUUAGUGCUCCAUUUAAAGCGGUUUAGUCAGGAACGAUAUAGCCGUAAAAUUACUACUCUAGUGAACUUCCCAAUCAAACAUCUUGACUUGACAGAAUUUGCUGCAGAGAAGGGUCAACAGACUGUGUAUAAUCUGUAUGCAGUAAGUGAACACUCCGGAACUACUUACGGUGGUCAUUACACAGCGAAAUGUAAACACCCAUACACAGGAGAGUGGAACAGCUUCAAUGACACACAUGUGAGUCCAUGUGGAGCUAAUCAAGCUGUUUCAUCGGAAGCCUACGUCUUGUUCUUCGAAUUAGCAUCAAGCAGCGGAAGUCCGUCACGAUUGUAACCUCAUCUACGAAGAUACACUAGUCAAUAUGCCAUGUACUCGAAACUGUGAUAAAAAACGUUGCGUUGUUUUGCGGCACUUUGUACAUAAAAACUUUUUUCAAUCAUCAUCUGUCCAUCAUAAUUAUUAUAUACAUAUAAUUAUACAAAAAAAAAAUCAUAUAGUUUUGUUGAAUACACUUUUUAUUUGUUAAAUGAUUUGCGUUUUUAGUUAUUUACUGGUUUGCAUGACAGUUGUUUUAUGGACAGUUAUAUUUUUUAUUUUUGUGAAAAAAUACGAUGAUUUUGAUAUAUUGAAGUACAUGUAGUUUUGAAGGAAUGGAAAAGUUACGAAAAAGUAGGUCAUAAGAAAAAAAACUAAACAUACAACUUUUAUUUCAAGAAAAUAUGCUUUCAUUUUUUUCUUGAAAAAAGAAAAUGUGUGUCAUAACUAAACAUACUUUGUUUUAAAAGUGCUUUAGUUUUAAUAAUCAGUGAAUUGCUUUAAUUUUAUUGUUCUCGACAAAGAAUAUUUAUUGCAUACAUGUACAUAGAGACGAUCUAUCUUGUACUAGUACAUAUAUCUUAUACAGUUGACUUAUUUGAAAUGUUAUGAAUUGUAAAGAUUUUUUUUAAAAUAAUUUUUCUUAGCAUUGUCUCAUUGAACAUAUAAAGGUAGUUAACAUCUCAGGUAACUCUUUUACUUGUUGUUUUUAUAUUCAUAUAAAGAAUGAUUUUUUUAAAAUUGAAAAUAAAACCUUUAUGACCUUCCUACCAGGUUGAAAAAAAAAAAUGUUGAACAUUUUAUCUUGUUGGAAUUAUUUAAUUUCAUAAAAUUCAGAUAUUUUCUUGGGUUUUUUUUUGUGAUUUUUUUUUCUCAUAAAAACCAAAGAUAUAUUAAGUUAUAUCAUAUAUUUAUUUUAUAAACUUUUUUGUCAGAUUUAAUGGGGAGAAAAAUUGUAAAAGGCACUGCUUUAUUCAGGUUUUAUGAAAAAUUUGAUUUGUGCUGUGAACAAGACACAAGUGAAUUUAGAAUUUAGAACAAAACAAUGAGAAUUGAAAAUACAGAACAAAACAAUAUGUAAUAAAGUUGAGAAGAAAUGGUGAAUUAAAAAUUUAGAACAAAAAAAAGAAUAGAAAAUGUAGAACAAAACACAAACGGAAUGAAAAAGUUAUUACUCCAGAAUUAAGAAUAUUUUGUGUUUUACCAAGCUAAUCUGUAGGUAAAAACAAACUUUUGCUGUUACAGCUUUAAAGAUAAGCGCAAUAGGUUGAAUAAUCCAUUGUGACUGCUAGUGCACCGCGAGGCUAUAAUGGUAAAAUGUGUUUGUUUGUACCUACGCAUUAGCUGGUAAAAACCCACAAUUUCCGAGCUCCGGAUAUCAUCUAUUGAAAAUUUUAUAACAAAAUGAGAUAUAUUACAAGUCACAAGACUGUAUUUUCAUAGGUCCCAGAUUGAUAUGAGAUUAGGAUAGUUAUUAUCUCUGCUUUGAAAUCAGUUUAGCUCAAAUGAUUUGCAUUUUGUUGAUCAAGCCAUUACCUGACAAUUUUCAUGGUUGUGUUUUCUGUUUUUAGGUUAUAUUUUAACUUAUUAUGUUGCAUACAGGGAGAGUGUGUUGUGAUCACUAUUUUAUGUAUUAUAUAUAAAAAAAAUGGCUUUAAUAAUUGUGGCCAGUCUUACAUAUUAUCAGAUAAUUUAUGUCAGUAAAAUAAUUAUCACCUUAGUGCAGUAACGGGUUAAUUACUAUGAAAUUCAUUAGGAGUUAGCCCAUUACUGCACUCAGAUGACGAAAUAUGAUUGUUUUUGUGAAAGAGUUGUUAAGUAUAUCAUGUUAAGUUGUGAAACCUAUCUGUGUUGAAUUAAAGAAAAUAUUUUCUGGAAAAUUUUCACAUUUUCUAUCAAAGGUAUAAAGCAUUUCUGAUUAAAAAUGUGAAUUAUAUAUAUAUUAUAGGGUUGUGAAAAUGAAGAGCAGAAGUUUUAGAAAAGGUUGUCUGAUGUUUACGUUAUUUUUCUGUGAAGAAGUUGUAAAAAAUGUGUAUUUGAUUUCUUUUAAGUUUCUCAUUCGCAUGCUUACUUCAUGUUCAAAAAUGGUCUAUACAAUGUUUUAAGUUUGUUAACUGGAGGAAUUUAAGUAAUUUCACAUAUGAUUAAUAAUACAUGUCUUCUGUUAAAUUGAUACAAACGAUUUGUGAAGAAGGAAUUCAACUGUCUGUUCACUAUCAAUACCUAUUUAAGGGGAUGCACAUACAAUUGGCAAGUCUAGAUCAGACCAUUCAACAAAGAGUUAUUGCCCCUGAUUAGUUAUAUGCAGUAUGUAUACAGUUAUAUUUGUUUCUGCACUAAUUCUCAGCAUCACAG